UUUAAUUACACAUAAUUGUGCUGUCGACGUGCUCCGUCAGUGUUUGUCUAUUUUAGCGUCUUCUGGUUGAUUAAAGGUGGCGUUCUUGUUUUUGUUUUUACUGUCUGUGCUCAGCUUGAUUGGGUUUUAACUUUCAAAAAGAGACAUAUUUCCGCAGUCACAUUCCUGACCAGGCUGCUGAUUAAACUUGAACCAGGUGCCUUACAUAACUGUACUUAAACUGAACUUUCUUCUUCUUUUUUCUUCUCUUCCUCCUUCCUUGUGCAACAGCAUUUAAAACUGCAAUGCAAAGCAAAACUUUCCCACAAUAUUUACUUCUUGAACAUGGUGCUGAGUGGGUUCUGGAAACUGACAGAGGCUCAGAACUGGGUUGAAACGUCUUUUGAACUUGAGCUCAGGGGCAGCUUUGAGUUUCAGGGCUAAACUCAGCCUGUACUUUUCCACUAGCGCCGGCUUUUCUUGGCACCGCGCCCCCUGGGCUCAGACUCUCCCCCUAACGCUGUGUCACUGCCAAUGGUUUUAAUACAGAAGCAGCCAAACAGUGAAGUUGAUAGCUCUUAGUUUGGAGGCUAUCGAUGUAAUGUGAGGCUGGAUCUGUGUACGCGGAGCCCGGACACGGGGUGAUAAAUAUAAUCACAAGUUUACAAACACGAUCUGCACCAUCUGCAGUUCCCUUGUACACCACAGGGGACUAAGUGGUGCCAUAUGUUAAAGUCUACACAUCUGGAUGACAUUAGCCGAUGGUAUAUAGACUGCAGUCCAACACCUACAGCCUAGUGCGCCCUCUGUGUUUACUUCCUGGUGAUGUUCUGACUCAGUGUGACACGGUCAGGUUGCUAUGGCAUUGCUCAAACGAGUGUGUGCAAACUUUGCAAACCAGUUUUUCAAUCACUAACUUUUUUUCUCUCUUAAUCUACUGCUGUUUUGGACGCGACCAGAGUUUAAGGCGCGGCUAUGACGCGCAUGAGGCGCAACGAACUGUGAUUGGUCCACAACAAGACCACAGUUUGUUUACCCUACUUAUAUGUUUGCGUAGCGUUACACCCACUUGCGGUUGUGGGCGUCAACUUGCGCCACCUAUCAGCAACUCCUCCUUCUUCUCCUGCCCUAUAUCAGCCAGGACCCGAUGGCAAAUUAGUCAUAUUUUGGUUUUAGGAGCUUGAGGAGUGGAAAAGUUACUGCUGAACUGUUUACAAAAUGACGAUCAAAGAUUUAAACGAGAAGCCGGUCCUGACUUACUCUAGGAGCAAAGGAUUAGUAGCUUUAGUCACUGCGUUUAUGAAACAGAGAAGAAUGGGUCUGAACGACUUCAUUCAGAGGAUUGCAACAAACUCCUACGCCUGCAAGCAUGCUGAGGUUCAGUCCAUCCUCAACUUGAGUCCCCCCCAGGAGGCUGAGCUCAUGAAUGCAAACCCUUCUCCUCCUCCCAGUCCAUCCCAACAAAUCAACCUCGGUCCAUCCUCCAACCCUUCAGCCAAACCCAGCGACUUUCAUUUCCUCAAGGUGAUCGGCAAGGGAAGCUUCGGUAAAGUCCUGCUGGCACGCCACCGUGCAGAUGACGAAUUUUACGCCGUCAAAGUUCUACAAAAGAAGGCCAUUCUCAAGAAGAAGGAGGAAAAACACAUCAUGUCAGAGAGGAAUGUGCUGCUAAAGAAUGUCAAGCACCCGUUCUUGGUGGGACUGCACUACUCUUUCCAAACAGCGGACAAACUCUACUUCGUCUUGGACUACAUCAACGGAGGAGAGUUGUUCUACCAUCUACAGAGGGAGCGCUGCUUCCUGGAGCCCAGAGCCAGGUUCUACGCUGCGGAGAUUGCCAGCGCCCUCGGCUACCUCCACUCUCUCAACAUCGUCUACAGAGACCUGAAGCCAGAGAACAUCCUGCUGGACUCACAGGGACACAUCAUCCUCACAGAUUUUGGCCUGUGCAAAGAGAACAUCGAACCCAACGGAACCACGUCAACCUUCUGUGGUACGCCAGAGUAUUUGGCUCCAGAGGUGCUUCACAAGCAGCCGUACGACAGAACAGUGGACUGGUGGUGUUUAGGAGCCGUUCUCUACGAGAUGCUCUAUGGUCUGCCUCCAUUCUACAGCCGCAACACAGCAGAGAUGUACGACAACAUCCUGAACAAACCACUGCAGCUCAAACCCAACAUUUCAAACGCAGCCAGACACUUACUUGAAGGCCUGUUGCAAAAGGACCGCACCAAGAGGCUGGGCUGCACAGAUGAUUUCAUUGAAAUCAAGAACCACGUAUUCUUCUCUCCAAUCAACUGGGAUGAUCUCAACGCCAAGAAAAUCACCCCUCCCUUCAACCCCAAUGUGACGGGACCCAACGACCUGCGGCACUUUGAUCCUGAGUUCACAGAUGAGCCGGUGCCCAGCUCCAUCGGCUGCUCCCCGGACAGUGCACUUGUCACAGCCAGCAUCAAAGAGGCCGCUGAAGCUUUUGUGGGCUUCUCCUACGCCCCUUCUAUGGACUCCUACCUAUAGAAUUUCCAUCAAGACUCCCAACGGACACCAGACUAGAUUUCCUGGGCCUGUACUUUGCCCAUGGAUCUGCAUCUUGACCCCACUCGACCUGGAUAUUCCCGAGCAACCCCUGCAACAACUCUGCAUCUACAAUAAUGUAUACACGUGUUCUUGCCAUAACGUUACAAACUGUUGAAUGCAUUGAAGAAUGCCAGUCCAUUUGCUACAACUCCAUGACUCCAUGGAGUCGCAAACCUCUGUCGUACCGUAAAUUACCACUGCACAAAACCUUCAAAACUACAGACUCUGAAUGUCCACCUUGAAUCUGACAGUGGAGGUCCUUUGCACAAAGCUCAGGCAGCUGAAAAGCCCCAUCUGGACCCUGAUUUCAAAACUGACAAGCACAUACACCAAUUUAUCCACCUUUUUCAACCAUAAAAUACUGAAAAAAAUGAACACCGUCCUCAUCUAUGUAGCGAGACAUCUCAUAUUUGAGAUUCUGUCCAGCGACCCGCUGGGAUCAACAUGCUUGUCGCACCUGAACGACUAGCUCGGAGGUGACCUUUAUUUUGGUGCUUUAGUUUCUUCACAUUUUCUGGCUGUGGUUGUUGAAAAGGGAGUCUUUUGAAGCUGAAUGUUACAGGGAGGGGACGUUUUUAUUUAUCCCUCAGAGGUGCCUUUAUUUUCUUGCCACCAUCAGAACACACAUCUUUUGGGUUCACCUAUCUCCAUCCUUAGUUGUUGCUGUUUCACCUGCCGUUUCCUUUUCAAGUCAGUGGAGAGGAGAAAUUUGGCACUAAAGUUUGACACGGCUCUGCGGUCCUUACGAUGUGAGACGUAGGAAUUCAACUGGUGUUUCCUUAUUUGCACAUAAAGGGACUCACACCGUCUUCCUCUCACCUCACAAUAAUGUAACGAUGGCCUGCUGACGGGCCGUCAACACUGAAACUGAACAUUCCAUGUUAAUAUUGCUGUAAUGCAGUUUGUUGGUAUUUAAGUUCGUUUGUAUAUUUGGAGUUAUGUGCAUUAGUUUUAAUGUAUAUUGAAAUAAAAAAUGACUAAAGGUAUGCCUAAAUAUCUAUACAUGUAACAAUAAAUGUUAAAUGUACUGUACAUUGUAAAAUUGUUUAAAAUUAAGUGACCAUGUUUGGUUUGCAAUAAAAGAUUAACUUUA